AUGACCGAGCCCGAGAACUUCGAGGAAGACCUCUUCGCUGAUCUCUACGACGAUGAUACCCCAGCGAAGCCAGCUGCCGCCCAGCAACCCGCGCCCGCGCCCGCACCCGCCCCAGUCGCUGUUCCUCAACAGAGCGUCGAGACGCACGCCGAACCACCUCCCCAGGCUGAACCGGAUUAUGGCGGCGGUGGUGGCGAUGACCAAAUGAGGUACGAAGAGGAGGAUGACGAUGAUGAAGUAGACUUCAACCUCGGUGGUGAUGGCGGCGGCGGCGGCGGUGGUGGAAGCACCGGUUAUGCGCCACCCUCAAAUGGGUUUGCCGGCAACAAGCAGGAAGAACCCACGUACUCGACAAGCACGGCCAAGAACCCGAGUGCCAAGGAAGACGGGUAA